AUGGGGCGGAAUGAUUGCUUCUUACAUGUCAUAUAUGUGGUAUUGAAAGAGUUGAAAGAUCGGUUUACAGUUGAAAAUACUGAGUUGAUCAAUUGUGUUGCUUGCUUGAGUCCUUGUUAUUCAUUUGAAUCAUUUGACGUUAAAUCACUUGUGAGAUUGGAAAGAUAUUACCCAAAUUACUUUGAGGAUCUUACAGAUAAGGAAUUGUCUAAUGAGUUGGAGACUUAUAUUGAGAGUGUCAAGAUGGACGAUCACUUUUCCAAUUUGACUGGCAUCUCAGAACUUUGUAGGACUCUUUUUCAAACAAAGAAGCAUAAGACAUUUAAGUUUGUGUACACACUUGUCAAACUAGCUUUGUCCUUACCGUUGGCUAUUGCAAGUGUUAAGCGGUUCUCGGGGAUGAAAUAUGUUAAGAAUGAGUUGAGAAGUAGAAUGGCUAAUCCAUGGCUAAAUGAUUGCUUAGUGACAUUUGUGGAGAAAAAGGUGUUAAAUACAAUCGAUGAUAUGGAUAUCAUCAAGCGUUUCCAAGGAAUGAACAAGAGAAGAAUGAAUUUACGAUUAUACUAG